AYGACCUAGUCUGGUUUUCACUAUGCAUGGUCACAAGAUUUCAACGUCAACUCGGGUUCAAUUAAACGCAAUGUCCGGAAAUUUUCAUGGAGCGUUCUUUAAUAAUGUGAUUAGAUUAUAAGCUAACGUGUUCUCUCAAGAUCUCGAGUGGAUAGCCAGUAUUUACUUCCGGUCCAGAAGAAGAAGCUCUUGAAAGUCGAGAGUGUUAUUUCAAGAUUGUUUAAAUUAACGAAGAAACAAAAGAAGAUUUCUUUCCGAUGGAGUUCUGCCGCCCCCGGUCCGGCAGUGUCAUGGCGUAAAUGCGGGAUACGUAGAUUGGAAACUUCAAAGGAUGCGACGGCGCGCACUCGUGGUGUCAGUUUCAUUCACUGACAGAUGCGWUUAAGGGAACCGUCUUUUUAAGACGCUCGCCGACAAACGAAACAUCAUACGGAAAGUAAUCUCAUUCUCGAGAGGGCUGCUGUUUUGAAGCAAGACGAUGUAUGAUCUUUACUCUGCCUCGUUGAACUUUACCUCCCCAUCGCCGCAAUAUCCAAACUAUUGCAGUUAUAAUACUCCAUCAACUCAACACUCAUGUGCUGUGAACAUGCAGACACAGUCCAAGCGCGAUUACAGAGGCUACAAUAGCUACAACGCCACCUCCAUGAAUGGCAGUGCAUCAAGUGCGCUAGCAUCUUGUGCAAGGGUACCACCUCUAUCUCACCCACCGAUCCAAAUGGUAGAUCGAUCUGUACCUCAUUCAAGCUUCUACGACGAUCCUUAUCGUUACAAGAUCCAGAAUAACUAUCAAACACAAAGCAGCUUCCCAAACCACGUUCAAUAUGCAACUCCGGCUGGCAAAGACUACUGUGAUGAUGAAACUAGAAGCGAAAAAUCAUCCGAUAACGAUCAAGAUACCGACACAGAUAAACCAGAAGACAAUAAGUCAAAGAAGCGCAAAGAUAGAACGGUAUUUACGAAGUACCAGUUGAUGGAAUUGGAGCGAGAGUUUACUAAAAACAAUUACCUGACAAGGCUUCGCCGCUAUGAGAUCGCCAUGUCACUGGACUUGGCCGAACGUCAAGUGAAAGUGUGGUUUCAAAACCGACGAAUGAAGUGGAAGAGGACACGUGGGGGGACAUCUUCGAGCAAGAAGAAUAUUGGUAUUGUUGAUAGAAGAGAAGAUAUUGUUCUAUCGUAACCUCACGGAAGCCAUUGAUAAGCAUGCGCAAGAAGUAAUGAACAUAUUGUAAAAAUCUAGAGUACAUUAUCAGUUUAGUGUAGAGGGACAGUUAGUAUAUUAUCAGUUUAGUGUAGAGGAACAGUAAUUGGAAUAGUAAUUUGUUUUUACUCGCAAUCACACCCUUGUUGUUGAUCAAUUUAAAGGGGAAAAAAACAGAGUGUUCUUGCAGUACCAUUAUAGCUUGUUAACAUCAUUAUCCUGCAUCAGAUCGUGAGCACCUUCGUGAGAUGUACCAACAUUUGGACCAAUACGACUCUCUUGUUAUAGGAUACAUAGUCCAUCACAUUUAGAGUAUAGUGUUAACUAAAUAAAAUGUCCCUUAGCAGCAACAGACAGAGAAUAAGAAGGCUUCAAUUAUUUACAGCAGUUAUAGGCUGCAUUCGUACUCUACUUCAUUCUCUGUGUAAAUAUAUUUUUUGAUUUUCAUUUUUUUAAAAUUCCAUUUAAAGAAUCGAAUAUAUGGAGGUCAUGCAGUAUGAACCAGCAAUAUAGAUGAUUGGUGUAAAAUCUAUAUUGAAUAUAGGGGGCAUCUUUUAAUGUAUAUCCAGCAKCACGAUAACUAAAUCAAGUUGUGCACACUAAGGCUAGUUUUGAACUAACGACGUAACAAAGAAUCAACCGCUAGUUAAGGUGACCUCUUGCGUUUGAGUUUAAGCUUGAGCUUGCAUUGGCAUCAAGAAACAGACAACYGCGCACGCUGCGCACGGAAGAUUUGUACGUACAGAAUUAUUACAUUUAUGUACCAAUACUAUUAAUACUUAGCUUAGACGUCUUUCGAAGGGGAACAAAACAUCGGCCAUAUAAUCCUUYAUCAAGCUAACAAUAUCAAUAAUUGUAAAUAGAUAUUUAUUUGCGUCGAAAUCACCGAAAUGUGCGCUAAACUGAGAGCGUUUUAUUUACUUUUUAAAAUAUUGAAAUUUAAGAAUAUUGACGACUGUCAUUUGAUUGAAUUGUUAGUUAAAGGAAUGGAUUGAUUAUUAAAGAUCAUUUCGUUAA